AUGACCAGCCAACCAAUGGAGACCCUGGGCCAGUGGAGAGUAACUGUAUGGGAAGAGGAGAACUUCCAGGGCAAGAGGUGUGAAUUCCUCAUUGAAUGCCCCAACAUUAUGGAGCGAGGGUUCCGCAAGAUCCGCUCAGUUAAGGUGGAGAAUGGACCAUGGGUUGGAUUUGAGUACCCAGAAUUCCAGGGGCAACAGUUUAUCCUAGAGAAAGGAGACUAUCCUCGCUGGGAGGCAUGGAGCGGGAACAGUGGCUACCGAACAGAACACCUUCUGUCCUUCCGACCUGUUAAAUGCGCUAACCACAGUGACAGCAAAGUCACCCUGUAUGAAGGUGAGAAUUUCCAGGGACGCAAGUUUGAGCUGUGUGAUGACUACCCCUCACUGCAGGCCAUGGGCUGGUGCUCCAAAGAGGUAGCUUCAAUCAAAGUCAGCUCUGGAGGUUGGGUGGCAUACCAGUUUCCUGGAUACAGAGGUUACCAGUAUGUGCUGGAAAGAGACAGACACAACGGGGAAUAUAGAAACUACAAUGAAUACAGCACUCAAGCUCACACUAAUCAGGUCCAAUCCAUCCGCCGGAUCCAGCACUAAGGAUAGCCCAAUAGACCUUAGCUCCAUCCAACUCCCAUCCCAUGACUAGUGGCCUGCUCCCAUAAU